UGAAUGUAUUACGAGUUUAUUUAUAUUGUUGCGCUAGCUACAGAGUUUUAGUGUUGGCCCAUUUUUAUAACACGUUAGUUAACCAAGCCUGAAGCUUCAGUUAACAGAAGAAAUGGCACCUACACCCAAAAACUUACCCUCGUGGGAGGAAAGAAACCCAGUAGACACUACAUUUGGCAAGAAGGUUGUUAUAUCUGGAAUAUCGGGUCUAUAUCCAGAGUCCCAUAAUGUGAAGGACUUAUCAGAUAUUCUUUAUAAUAAGAUCAACCCAGUUAAUAAGGAAAACUCCCGCUGGAAGUAUGACCAUCCCGAAGUAGCACAAUACACGGGAAAAGUACCUGGGCUUAAGCUAUUUGAUGCCCAGUUUUUCAAAGUCCACUACCGUCUCGGCAAUAACAUGGACCCUAUGGCCCGCAAGAUGUUAGAGCAGUCGUAUCAGGCUAUCUAUGAUGCUGGUGUAUGUCCCGAAGAACUUUCAGGGAAGAAAAUAGGCGUCUACAUUGGAAGUUGUUUCUCGGAAACUGACAAAGCUUGCUUUUAUGUAGCAGGUUCCAGGACAGGCUUUGGUAUUGCAGGGUGCAGUAAAUCCAUGUUUGCUAACCGCAUCUCUUACUGGUUAAACGCCAAAGGACCUUCGAUGUCAAUUGACGAGGCCUGCUGCAGCUCCACCGGGGCGUUGGAGCAGGCCUACCGUGCCAUCAGCCGCGGCGAGUGUGAGGCUGCCAUCGUUGGAGGGUCAAGUCUUUGUUUGCAUCCACAAUCCUCUAUUCAUUACGGAAGACUCAUGAAGUUAAGUAUGGAUGGUAAGACCAAAUCGUUUGAUACUGAAGCUGCUGGGUGUGCCAAGUCCGAGGCUAUCAAUGUCCUAUUUCUUCAAAAAGCUAAAGAUGCUCUGAGAAUUUACGCAGAAGUCGUACACAUCAAAUGUGAAUUUACAUCUAUUACGCAAGACGAAACAAGAGGUCCAAGGUAUGGCUUCUAUCGGGAUCCUGAAAACAUGGCCAACUUUAUGAGUAAUUUCUAUAAAGAGGCAAAGAUACCGCCACAAGCCGUAGAAUAUGUAGAAGGUUUUGGUUCAGCUGUACCGGAAGCCGAUAAAGCAGAACUUGAAGCUUUUGAAAAAGUGUUUUGUGACAACAGAAAUGAUCCCCUUUUGGUGGGCAGUGUUAUGUCAAAUAUAGGAUACGGCGAAGCUGCUUCGGGAAUAUCUGCUAUUACAAAGGUCAUUUUAGGAUAUCACUCUGGGCAGUUGGCAGGCAAUUUAAACUGUGACUCGCCUAGAAAAGACAUAGCGGCUUUGCGUGAUGGCCGCAUGCGUAUUGUUACUGACCAUGAGACUUUUGGGCGAUCUUACACCGCUGUAAACGGUCUCUCCGUGAGCGGAGUAAAUGCUCAUGUCCUUUUAAAUGGUCAUUACAAGCCUAAGGAUCUUUCGCGGUACAAGGCCAAUAUCCCUCGUUUAAUUUUCCUAUCAGGCAGACAGGAAUCUUCGGUGAAUAAAAUACUCCAGGAUUUAAAGUCUCGUCCCAUUGAUGCCGAGGAAAUAGCGCUACUCCAUAAUAUUCAUAAGGCCAGAAUUGCAGGUCAUUUAGGGAGAGGAUUUAUUCUUCUUGACACUAAUGAAAAGAACGAAACUGUAAGUCUAAGCGAAAAGGCAAAUUAUUAUGACGAUGCUACACGGCCUCUAUGGUUCGUAUACAGCGGAAUGGGCUCCCAGUGGGCCGGUAUGGGAGCUCAGCUCAUGAGGAUUCCUGUGUUUGCUGCGGCCAUUGAAAAAUGCCGACGUGUCUUGGAACCCAAAGGAGUGGACAUCGUUCACAUAAUUACGUCUCCAGACAAAACGAUAUUUGACAACAUUCUCAACUCCUUCGUCGGCAUCGCUGCUAUUCAAAUUGGACUCACCGAUAUUUUACGUGCAUUAGAAAUCGUACCCGACAAAAUUAUCGGACACAGUGUGGGUGAGCUAGGCUGCGCAUACGCAGACGGGUGCUUUACCGCGGAGGAAAUGAUACUGUCUGCAUACAGCCGCGGUCUGGUCUCCGUGCAGACGCCUUUCAUACGUGGAUCAAUGGCUGCUGUCGGAGUUGGCUACCAACAGAUAUCUAAAAUGUGUCCACCAGAGAUUGAAGUAGCUUGCCACAAUGGUCCCGAUUCCAGUACAAUUUCUGGACCCGCUGACACCAUGAAAGAAUUCGUGGCUCAACUAACUGCGAAAGAAAUUUUCGCCAAAGAAGUACCGUGUUCAAACAUUGCAUACCACUCGCGAUACAUAGCUGAAGCAGGUCCAGGAUUGCUCCAAUAUUUGGGUGAAGUUAUCAAGUCACCCAAAGCACGUAGUGAACGCUGGGUUUCUACUUCAGUGCCCCAAGAGGAAUGGAACAAACCUAUAGCAAAAUACUCGUCAGCAGAAUACCACACGAAUAAUUUACUUAACUCAGUGCUUUUUGAAGAGACUUCGAGGCUGAUCCCAGCAAAUGCAGUGGUAGUGGAGAUAGCUCCUCAUGGUUUAUUGCAGGCUAUCCUCAAGCGUUCUCUGCCGGAAUCCUGCAAAAAUGUGCCUCUAACAAGACGUGGCCACCCCGACAAUGCACAGUUCUUGUUAGAAGCUAUUGGAAAUCUCUAUAUGGAGGGAUACAGUCCGCAAAUCCAAGCGUUAUAUCCGAAAGUAGAGUUUCCAGUCUCCACUGGAACACCGAUGCUAUCACAUCUAUUGGAAUGGGCACACAAUGAAGCAUGGAAUGUACCACUGUAUGUAUCAGCGAACCGAAAAACUGCUGCAGCAUGCACUCAUGUCCUAUCCAUCCAUGAUGACGACCAUCGAUACUUGAAAGGACAUGUGAUAAGAGAGAAGAACACGUAUCCUUUCGCUGCUACUUUAGUGGCAGUUUGGGAUACUUUGGCCAUGGUCUUGGGAGUGCCAAAGAAACAACUCUCGGUGGAAUUCCGCGACGUGCAUCUGCACUCAGAGCCAGUACUUCAUGACCAAAGACAGCUGCGCCUGAACAUAACCGUGCAUCGGGGGAGAGGCCAAUUCGAGGUUUUAGAUGACAACAUUAAAGUUGCAACCGGUUUCAUUAUCAGUGAAAUAGAUAAACACAUAUCAUCACAGGAAGAAUUUAAGACGGAGGAAGUCCUAUUACUGAACUCAGAGGAUAUCUACCAAUUAUUGAGCGCUAGGGACUAUAAUUAUUCGAAUGAAUUUCGAAGUAUUCACAAGGCUAACUUAUCAUUAGAUAAAGCUCAUCUUUUGUGGGAAAACAAUUGGGUGACACUUAUUGACGGCAUGAUCCAACUAAAUGCGCUCAAACGCAUUCACGAAAGCGUCUCACAACCUAAUUUUAUUAGAAGAAUUAUAAUAGAUGUUGAGAAGCAUACCCAAGAUCAAACUCUAGUGGUAGAUGAUGCCAAUGUCAUGUUAGCUAAACUGUGCGAGGUGUUGGACAGUACCAGGUGUGGUGGUGUCUUGAUUGAAAAUAUCAAAUUCCACGACCUGCCAUCAAUCAACAAAGAGCAAAUUGCUUUAAAAACACUAAAAUUUGUUCCUCAUGUCUCUACCAACAAUUUCGAUGAAAAUUCUGCGUUGUAUAUUCUUUUGCAAAUAUUAGCAGAAAAUUUAAAUAAACAGGAGAUCAAUAUUGCUAAUAUUGUUGAAUAUAAAAAUCAAAGAAAUUUCGCAAACAUUGGAGAAAUUAUUAACGAUAUACCUGAAAUAAAGAUCAAUUUAUUCGAAAUUUGUAGGGAUGACUUACCAAAAAAACCUGAUGAUUUCUUCGAAGAUAUUGAUGCGCUAAUGAUAACGAAUUUAGCUUCUGAUGAUAAUAUGUGCCAAGUGCUACACCGGUUACUCAAUCGAGAUACUUUGCUGAUCAAUAAAGAGGUGUGUGCAGAUUUGCAGACCGUUCGCCCUUCUCUACUAUACCGUACUAUGUGCGCCCAUACCAUUGGUUCUUCUCGUCUGGAACUAGAUAUAUGGCGCCCUUCUGAUGUAACGGCGGGGACUAGUGCUGUAACUAUGUUUUCACCAGCUGACCUUACUAAACUUGAUACUCAACUGUCCACACUCCCAUCAAAACAUAGACUGGUAAUAUUGACGUCGUAUCCAGCUUUUGAUGGCUUAAAAGAUACUGUUAAAAAGUGGAGAAACAAAGAUCAUCGUAAAAUCAAUCUUGUGAUUAUCAAUCACAAACUUGUCGAAGAACAAAGUUUAAGUCAAAUGCCGUUUACAGACUUAGCUGUUAGUAUUUUAGAUCACGGUGUUUGGGGUGGAGAAUAUUACUUACCAAUCCAAGGAAAAAUAGCAAAAGGCAAAGAAAUGGCACUGGAAAUGACAAGAUUAGGUGAUAUAGACUCUAUGCAUUGGAUAGAAGUGACAGGGUCUAGUCACCAAGGCAUUCCAGUAAAGGUUCAUUACGCAGGUUUGAACGAUGCUUAUGUGAAAAAGGUAUUACGAGUGGCAGCAACAGAAAACAAUAAUAAUGAUAGAAAGCUAGUUGAAUAUAGCUUCAGUGGUACCACAGAUAGAAAAGAACGUGUAAUGGGUAUCGUGCAAGAAGAAUCUAUUUGUACCCGCGUCGUCGCAAAGCCUGAAUUGUUGUGGCCUGUACCCGAGCAUUGGACUCUGGAGGACGCUGCUACUGUUCCUCUAGCUUAUUGCCUGGCAUUCUACUGUCUUUGCUUCAAGAGUCGUUUUUACCGUGACAACAGUAUUCUUGUGCAUGGAGGUACCGGGGCUUUGGGCCAAGCAAUCAUCUCUAUUGCUCUAGCACAUAACUGCGAUAUUUAUACCACGGUGAGCAACUUAAGGAAAAAAAAGUUUUUGCUCAGAUUGUUCCCAGAUCUUAAAGAGGAUCAUAUCGGUUGCUCUCGAGACAGCAGUUUUAGAGAUAUGGUUCGUAGAGCUACAAAUGGAAAAGGUUGUGACAUUGUUAUAAAUUCAGUCAAAGGAGACUUAAGAAACGCUUCAUUAAAUUGCUGCAAAGCGUUUGGAUCUAUCGUUGAUACAUCCCUUCUAUUGGACACUGAAAAUUACAACUUUGGGCUGGUUAAUUUGUCGGCAGCUGUCUCUUUCAGUACACUGCAGUUUUCGUCACUAUUUGAACCGCAAAAUGUAGAAGACUUAAAAAGGCUGCAACUAAUGGUGAGCGAAGGAAUCGCGCGUGGCUACGUCCGACCACUGUCCCGCGUGGUGUACCCGGCUGCUGAGGCGGCACGCGCGGUGCGCCUGCAAGCCGGCAGCAAACAUCUCGGCCGAGUGCUGCUUCAUUUAGAAGAGGAUAUGUCUUACACACACCAUAAAAUAAAUUGCUCGGCUGAUCGAUUGCAUCUGCUGUUAUCAGAGAACGAUGUUUUGGGGAUGCAAUUAGCAGAAAGGUUGAUAAGCCGAGGUGCUAGAAAAUUAGCACUGCAUUGCUCCGAAAAAUCAAACAGUCUUUUGUUUAAGCUAAGGUCCUGGGAGGAACGAGGAGUUCAAUGUACAAUAUCUUACGGGAAUACGUGGAGUGAAAACAUUUUCAAUUUGUUGAAUAGCAAGACACCAGAAAACAUCGAAGGAAUAUAUUGUAUUUUAAAUUCUAAUGGGCAAAAUGAGAAUAUUUCGAAAUGCUUAGAAAAUUUGACUUUGACCACACGCAGAUCGAACUGGUCUAUAAGGUAUUUCGCAUUAAUCGAUGCUAGGAAGGGGACCAGCGAUCACAUAAAAAUAACAAAACCUCACGACCAAUUUACUACCAUCAAAUUACUGCCUUUAAAAUUCAAUGGAAAUGUUGAAGAUAAAGAAUACUUUUCAGUGAGUCAUGCUAUUGAUGCUAUAGAAAAAUCAUUAUGCUACAAACAGCGCAUUAUAGCAGCGCAUGAUAUAAAAAAAUCUACUGGCAAUUUAUUGGAAGAGGUUGCUUAUGUAGCAGAUAUAUCAGUCAAUAAAGGCACGCCGCAAGAUUUUACACUAAAAGAUAUGGGAAUGGAUGAAUCAAAAUCUAAAAUUGUUCGAGCUUAUUUGCGCGAUGUUCAUAAUAUAUUACUGGAAGAGACCAUCAUUCCAUUAUUAACACUUAAAAAAAUACGGGAAUUAGAAGACAAGACAUUAACAAAAAAGUUUACUGAAACCAAAGAUUUGGAAACAUUUUUCUCUCACGUCGAUCAAGAUGAACUCCUAGCUACAACGGAAAUGGUGUUUGUACCGACACUUACAACCAGUGCUACGAUGAGAGAUGACGAAUUUGACGUAAGCCAAACAUUCCUAUGUAUAGUACCGGGUGUAGAAGGACUGCACGUACGAUUCCGUGAACUUGGUGAGCGGCUCAAGUUACCCGCACUCGUACUGCAGCCUGGCGUCGACAGACCACAUGAGACUAUCCAAGAAAUGGCGCAAAGAUACGCUAAGAUCCUUCUAAAAAGGACUCAACUGAAGGAACGCUUUUAUCUUCUUGGAUAUGAAAGUGGAGUUUUGGUAGCGUUGGAAAUGGCAGCAAUCCUUGAAGAUCAUGGUUUAACUGGUAAAGUUUUCUGCAUCGGUGGCUCACCGGACGAAAUUCUUGCAAAAUUUGAAGAAAAGCUAGCUAACUUUGAAACAGAAGAAUCUCUGCAAGUUGCGGUGGCACGUCACAUGUUUAAUUUGAUCAUGAAUGGUGAUAAUCCGGAAGAUCUAGAGGAGGAGCUAAAGAAGAUCUCUUCAUGGAAACAAAAAGUAUAUUUCUGUGUGCAAAAGCUGCGCGGACGUAUAGACUACUCGAUUCAGUAUGCACGCGAACUCAUUGAAGCCGCUUACGCAAGGAUAGUGCAAAUACGACGUUACCAUUCAGAGCCACGUCCUCUUCGCUCUCUCCUUAUAUCUAUACGUCCAUGGUUAUCUGCAUCUAAUCACGUUAACUGCCUUUCGUUGCAACGUUACUCGCAAGAACCAGUCAUAGAGUACGAAUUGAAAGCUCCUCUGGCGUACUCAGCACAAGAUUUACGUUGCGCUGCCAUCGUUAACCGGCAUCUAGACAACGAUCUAAUAGAGGACUUCGAUAAGAGAAACUUGUGCGAAACUUAUAUUAUAAACGCAGACUCUUUCAUGACCACUGCUGACAAUGUUGAUGAUUAUCUAUUUUAAAUGAAUGGCUAUUGUAUUUAAAAGCGAUGUGAAUGAUAUGUUUUUUACAAAAUAAAUAUUUUUAUUCAAGCAUGA